AUGCAGACGUCAUUCUGCAUCCCGACUCUCCUCAACGUUGGUCCUCGCGCUACCGAGGAGGUGUCUACAUGUCUGGUGUGGAGAGGCCUUGAGCCAUCUCCCGACCACGAUGGAGCUGGUGAGCUAUUACGAUGCGGCCCCACAACUGUUCACGGUCGAGCCGCCUUGGCCACCAGCAUAUGGGGACACGGCAAUGUGUCUCGAUAG